AUGUGGACAGCAUGGUGUGUGGCUGCUCUGCUCACGGCAGCUAUGUGUGGCGUCCACACCCAAAUCCAAAAGACAAACACAGUCCUCAGGGUUACGAAAGAUGUGCUGAGCAACGCCAUCUCCGGCACGCUGCAGCAGAGCGAUGCUUUCCGCUCAGCCCUGAGGGAGGUGCCCAUGGGUGUCGGUGGCGUUCCCUACAACGACUUCCAUGUCCGAGAGCCUCCCCCAAAAUAUACCAAUGGCAGACAGCUUGGCGGUAAUUACAAAUAUGGUCACGUUGAGGCCAAUGACAACACCGCCCAGCUGGGGGGCAAAUACCGGUACGGUGAGAUCGUGGAGUCGGACGGGAGCACCAGGGACCUCCGGCGGGAGGACUACCGCUACGCGGAGGGCGCGUACGGCGGCCACCGGGGCCACGGGCGGUACCGGGCGGCCGCGGCCCGGCGGAGGCGAGAGCUGCGGCCCGGGGAGCUCCCGCCCGGCGUGGCCACCGGCGCACUGGGACCCGGCGGCUUGCUGGGCACCGGGGGCAUGCUGGCGGCCGACGGCAUCCUGGCGGGCCAAGGCGGCCUGCUGGGUGGAGGUGGUCUUCUUGGCGACGGGGGACUUCUCGGAGGGGGAGGCGUCCUGGGCGUGCUCGGCGAGGGCGGCAUCCUCAGCACCGUGCAAGGCAUCACGGGGCUGCGAAUCGUGGAGCUGACAUUGCCUCGGGUGUCCGUGCGGCUUCUGCCUGGUGUGGGUGUUUACCUGAGCCUGUACACCCGGGUGGCCAUCAAUGGGAAGAGUCUCAUUGGCUUCCUGGACAUCUCGGUGGAGGUUAACAUCACAGCCAAGGUCCGGCUGACCAUGGACCGCACAGGUUAUCCUCGGCUGGUCAUCGAGCGCUGUGACACCCUUCUGGGAGGCAUCAAAGUCAAGCUGCUGCGGGGCCUUCUCCCCAAUCUUGUGGACAACCUAGUGAACCGAGUCCUCGCCAAUGUCCUCCCUGACUUGCUCUGCCCUAUCGUGGAUGUGGUGCUGGGCCUCGUCAAUGACCAGCUUGGUCUUGUAGACUCGCUGGUGCCUCUGGGGAUCCUGGGGAGUGUGCAGUAUACCUUCUCCAGCCUGCCGCUAGUGACCGGGGAGUUCCUGGAGCUGGACCUCAACACUCUGGUUGGGGAGGCAGGAGGAGAACUUGUCGACUACCCGCUGGGCCGGCCAGCCAUGUUACGGCCCAUGCCAGAGUUGCCCCCCAUGGGUGACAAUACCAAUUCCCAGCUGGCCAUCUCUGCCAACUUCCUGGGCUCCGUGCUGACCAUGCUGCAGAAGCAGGGUGCCCUGGACAUCGACAUCACCAACGGCAUGUUUGAAGAGCUUCCUCCCCUCACCACAUCCAUGCUGGGGGCCCUGAUUCCCAAGGUGUUCCAGCAAUACCCCGAGUCCUGCCCACUCACCAUCAGGAUCCAGGUACCCAAUCCACCCUCGGUGACGCUGCAGAAGGACAAGGCGCUGGUGAAAGUGUUUGCCACCUCUGAGGUCAUAGUCUCCCAGCCUGGUGAUGUGGAGACCACCAUCUGCCUCAUUGAUGUGGACACAGACCUCUUGGCCUCAUUCUCCGUGGAAGGGGACAAGCUCAUGAUUGACACCAAGCUGGACAAGACCAACCUCAACCUCAGAACCUCAAACGUGGGCAACUUUGACGUGUUCAUCUUGGAGAGGCUAGUAGGGAAGAUUUUUGACCUGGCGUUUAUGCCCGCGAUGAAUGCCGUGCUGGGUUCUGGGGUCCCUCUCCCCAAGAUUCUUAACAUUGACUUCAGCAAUGCUGACAUCGACGUCUUGGAGGAUCUUCUAGUGCUGAGUGCAUGA